GUGCUUAGUGCUUACGUAAUGGCUUCAAAACCCUUCACCCCAGAAGAGGCGAGGAGGAUUGUCCAGUGUCUACAGACACCUGCUGUGUUUCUGAACAUGACCACAGACUGGCCAGCAUUACACUGGACUGUGGAGCACCUGUCAACUUGCCUUACAGAGAGGCUUCGGUUUCGUAUUGGGAAAAGGACUGAGGAUAUGGCUCCUCUUUUUGAAACAGAGUGUUCCUACAUUGAAGCAACCAUUAAAGAGUUUCUGUCCUGGACUGCCAAUGAAGAUGAAUCACUUGUUGGGCCAUUUUCUGGCUAUCACUGCAAAGAAUUAUGGGCUUAUGCUGAUUACAAGUACAUUACCCAGCUUUUUCAGGAUAAACCUGCCAUGUUUCAGGAUGUGGUGUGGUCGGACUUUGGCUUUCCUGGCCGAGAUGGACGAGACAGCACACUUUGGAUUGGGACACAGGGUGCUAACACUCCAUGUCACCUUGACUCUUAUGGUUGCAAUCUUGUUUUCCAGAUCCAAGGCAGGAAACGAUGGCAUCUCUUUCCUCCCGAUGACACACACUGCCUCUACCCAACACGGAUACCAUACGAGGAGUCCAGCGUGUUCAGCCAGGUUAGCGUGGUCCAGCCAGACCUGAAGACGUUUCCAGCUUUCAGAAGAGCUCGAGUCCACACCGUCACUCUGCAGCCUGGUCAGGUUCUGUUUGUGCCCAGACACUGGUGGCACUAUGUGGAGUCAGUGGAUCCAGUGACUGUCAGUGUGAACUCCUGGAUUGAGAUGGACAUGGAUGAUGGGGCCAGAGUAGGAGAAGCUCUCACUAAGACCAUUGUGUGUGCCCUGAAAAGCGCCCCCAGUUUAGACAACAACGACCACUGGCUCAAUCCUACUGAGGUUUUUGUAGUUUAUGCAGAAUGA